AUGGAGACAUAUACGGGACAGCCGCCCAUGGGCAACACGGCAGCAGUGACGGCUGGAGGGGGGACGACGACGCCCGAGUCUGAGAAGCAGAUUCAUGCCGCGGCCGGCAGCAACGGCGGUUAUGACAGCAACAACAGCAGCGACGUGUACCGCGAGAAGAAGACUCCUCCGCGCACGCCGCCCGCCGCAGACCCGUCGGUGGACCGGGCGACUGGUGAAAACAUCUUUAGCGAGGGCGGCAAGAACUACAGGACGGUCGGGCGGUGGAACACAGCUCUGAUACUCAUCACGAACCAGAUCGGUCUGGGAAUCCUGGCGCUUCCAAGCGUGGUGGAGACGCUGGGGAUCGCGCCGGCCGUGGUCGCCAUCAUCGGCAUCGGCCUGCUGUCCACCUACACCGCCUACGAGCUGCUUCAGUUCUACAGGCGGCACCCGCACGUCGUCAACGCCGUCGACAUGGCGCGCAUCGUGGGUGGAAGGCCGCUAGAGGUCAUCAUGGGCGUCAGCCUGGUCACCAAGAUGUGCCUGACGUGCGCCUCCACCAUCGUCACCAUCAGCGUCGCCCUCAACACCCUAUCCAACCACGGCGUCUGCACCGCCGGCUUCAUCGGCAUUGCCGCCCUCGGCUGUUGGCUACUGUGCCUGCCCCGAACCUUCAAGUUCAUCGCCCACAUCGGCAUCCCCUCCACCGUGUCCAUCGUCGCCGCCGUCCUGAUCGUCAUCAUCAGCCUGGGCAUCGGAAACCCGCAAGCCGCCCCGUCGGGCUGGACCAGGGAGAAGGCCCUGAUCAAGGUGGUCGGCAACCCAAACUUCCGCGAGGGCGUGGCCGCCUGCCUCAACGUCUGCUAUGCCUACGCCGGCAACAUCGCCUUUGUGAGCAACAUGGCCGAGAUGCGCAACCCGAGCCGAGACUUCGUCCCCGCCCUCAUCACCCUGCAGGCCAUCGCCAUCCCCAUGUACCUGGUCGCCGGCGUGGCCAUCUACUGCCUGGCGGGCGAGUACACGACCAGCCCGUCCCUGGGCUCGGCGCCGCGCGUCGCCGCCAAGGUGGCCUACGGCAUCGCGCUGCCGUGUGUGCUGGCCACGGGCGCCGUGUUUGGCCACACGGCCAUCAAGUACAUCUACGUGGUCGCCAUGAAGAGGGUCGGAGCGACGAGCGAGCUGACGGCGCGGACGGCUAAGAGCUGGGCCAUGUGGGUUGGAUGCGCCACCUUGUUUUGGGUGCUGGCCUUUGUCGUUGCCAACGCCAUCCCCAUCUUCAGCUCCAUCCUGGCCAUCUCGUCGGCGACCUUUAUCGCUUGGUUCACCUUUGGAAUCUCGGCCGUCUUUUGGUUCCACAUGAACUGGCACGAGGGGACUUUGUUUAGCGGCUGGCGCAAGAUCUGCCUGUUUGUCGUCAACGUGUUCAUCAUCGUGCUGGCAUUGUUUAUGAACUCGGCCGGGUUGUGGUCGGCCGCCACCGGGUUGCACCAGGUGUUUGACAAUGCCGAGAACGAGAUCAAGGGGCCUUUUACCUGUGCCAGUAACGCCAUCUUCUAG